CUCGCGCACGAAUGUAGGGAUGUGGUGAGGACGUUACAUCACUUGCAGUGCAGCCAGACGCCAGCAGCAGCAUCCAGUUUGGGGGACAGCGCGACGCACAAAGCCGGCUGGCCAUAUUGUGCAGCAGCUUCCCCGCAUAUCGGCUGCGUUACACAAACCCCGCGCGCUCACCAACGUGAGGAGGAAAGCUGUUUAAACCGAGACUCGGCCGAGCUGGGAAAAUGGUCAAACUGGGGAAUAAUUUCACCGAGAAAAACAACGUGAAGGUGGUCUCGGAGGACGGAUUUGACACCAUUCCUCUAAUCACACCGCUGGAUGCCAGUCAGCUGCAGUUCCCUCCACCUGACAAGGUGGUGGUGAAGACAAAGGCAGACUAUGAUGCUGAGAGCAAGAAGGGGAAGCUGCGGUCUCCUAAAAUUGCAGAGUUCUCCAUCAGCAUCAUUGAAGGCGUUUCUGAGCGGCUGAAGGUGACCUUGCUGGUGAUCUGCGCUCUGGCUUUUCUGGUGUGCGUGGUGUUCCUGGUCGUCUACAAAGUCUAUCAGUAUGAGCAGCCUUGUCCCGACAGCUAUGUUUACAUGCAGGGUCGCUGUAUGCCGGCCGGCCUUUAUGGCAGCUACCCCCCUCAGGGUCCCGGGGGCCGUGGGCGCCUCUUCACCCUCAUCAACCACUACAACAUCGCCAAGCAGACCAUCACCCGAUCGGUAUCCCCAUGGAUGACCAUCAUGUCAGAGGAGAAGGUGACCCAGCAAGAGACCGAGACCGCCCAGAAACUGGCUUAAUCGGGCGGGGUUUUGGAGGGGGGGCGGGGCGUCUGCUGCUGCAGGAAAAUAAAUAAUAUGGUUGUGCCAUUCAAGCAAACUUCAGAGUCCAGGCCUGAGGUGCGAAGCUGCCCUGUCGAUGUAGUUUGGUGGGUGAUGUGUGCAAUCCGUGGAAGUCCGUGGAAGCUGUGGAGAUGUUCUCAGCACUCAGAGGCUUCGUUUGGUGGAUUUGUGAUUUGUUUGAAUAGCAAAUAUUAUUUAUUUACACGACAACAAUGUAGAGAACGGCACAGAAAUGGUCUCACACACACACACACACACACACACACACACACACACACACACACACACACACACACACACACACACACACACACAC